AUGAUUAUGAAUACUUCGGCUUAUAUUAAUCUUACUUCCUCUGAAAACUCCACUCCUCAACUAUCAUGUCUGGGCUACCAAAAUUCUUUGGUCUUCGUGCCUGCGCAGAACAAUGGUGUCCAUCUUUAUGUCGAAGCUGGUACUGUCAAUCCGGCUGCUAAUGAAUCCCUCGAAGACCUCACCGCCUCGCUUGAUACCGUCGUCCAUAUUCAUCAUCUCAACAAUAUUUCUCCUGGAGUUGAUCGAACAUAUUGUAAUUAA